AUGGAGGGGACGGGUCCAGCGAUUUCGAAUUGGUACGCUGCGGUGCUCGCGCAAUCAUGCCAAGUGAAUUUGUCGGAAGGUAAAGAGGACGUUGUAAACCGUCUGGCUGCUCUGAAAAUUAUGAAGGAUCGAAGUCUUGUGGAAAGCUAUGUGAAGGGCGUAGCGAGUUGUCUACGGGAAAAGAUAGAACGGAUAGGGUUAGAAGAGCAAACGUUCAAAACACUGGAAGAGACAGCGGCAACGGUUUCAUCUGAGGCUCAAGGGCGCAUUGCCUCCAUAAACAUGGCUAACCGCAUUGCUCAGUCCAAUGGGUACCCAGCAAAGGUCUCUCAUUCAAAUCGGAGCCAUGCAACUGAGCGGCGGUGCCACAGGGUAGAACAAGCAACAAAGAUCCCUUUCUGCCUUCCUUUUAUUUCGGAUGACAUGAGCAAUGCAGUGCGAGCAAGCUUACGACAGGCGGGUCUGCAAGACUCAGUCAGAGUAGUGGACAUACCACCUGUAAACCUGAAGCAGCAGCUAGUCCUCAAUCGCGCAUAUGACAGACUUUGUGAGACACCGAAUUGCAUCGUUUGUCCAAGCGGGAGGCAGGGUGAUUGCGUGGUAUCGGGGGUUAUCUACCUAAUCACCUGUCAGUUAUGUGGGGCUGAGUACAUUGGCGAAACAGGAAGAUCACUAUGUAUCCGCGUCAAGGAGCACCUAGACGGGCUCGUAAAAUCAAAAACAUCAUCCCCUUUAGGUGCUCAUCGCAGACAGUGUCAUGACAACACCCCUUUCAAGAUAGCUGUCACUAUCUUGGCACGCGAAUCAGACAUUCUAGCGCGAAAAACAUUGGAAGCGUUUUAUAUCACGGCCAAAAGUCCUAUCAUGAAUCGUAAAGAAGAAUGCAUCGCUGUGACCAACGAGCUGGCGCCAUAUCAGGACCUUUGCGGCGGCGCAACUCUCAUAACUGGUGGUCCGCUAACAUCACGAUUUCGUGGCUAUCAAGGCUCUGACGAAGGCGACGACGCCGAAACGUUAGCCAGAGUAAAGAUCAAUAACAAUCUUGGUUCUGCUUAA